AUGAGAUCAGGCACGUUGCUUGUACUGACUCUACUCGAUCUCAGCAGUUCGCCAGGAGUUCGUGGCGCUGAAGAGAGUGGCGAUCUAGAGCAAAGAAUCGGGGAUUUGGUAGCGGAGACAAACAGACAUCUCGGACGAAUUGUGUUCGACUCGGAGCGAGGUGUUCGGCGAAUGAAUCCGGAGCUCCGCAUCCGUCUGCUAGAUAUCAAUACGGUCGUGAUGGAAGCGAUGAAUUCUCUAAACAUCACGGAACCAUUCACUUAUCAGACAUUAAAUGUCCAACCUCGAUCGAUAUAUGGUUAUGCCUAUCACGAUCUCUGGAACCCGUCAACAAUGGUCCAUUAUGCUUUGGCCGAGGAGAUUGUCAAACAACUACAAGACCUCUGA